GGUGUACUUCUACCAGUCUACCAAUCUUCCCUUUCCUCUCCCUUUUACUUGCUAUCUUGCAUUAUUGUCGCAAUUCCAGAUUUUUCAAUUCCAUUACAGAUCAAUUGUCUUACUCUUUUCAUUAGCUGACCUAACCACGUGGGUUCCUCAUCCAGUUUUGUUUAUUCUAAUAAAACUCUUUCAAGAAGUAAAUUUAGAUCUUCAUUACCAUUGAUUAUAUUCAGUCACUUUCAGAUCCAACCUUAACCCACCACUAAUUUGUUCCUUAAUUCAUCUUUUGAUCCUACGGUUUUGACCCUCUUGCUCAAAACCCUAUUAAACCUUCAUUCUUUGAGGUUUAAUUGGGCAAAAACCCUAAUAGUUCUGGGUUUUAAGUUGCAAGAUUUAGUAUUUAAAGAUGAAGGAUAAGAAAAAUGCAAAAUUGAACAAUCAGCAUCAGAAUGGUCAUUCCGCUUCUUUUAAAUUGGGUAAACUGUUUGAUCCUGAUGUUACUUGGGAAAAGGAUCAACUAAGUGAUGUUCUGCAUUGGACUCGACAAGUGGUGGCGUUAGUAUGUGGCUUGAUUUGGGGUGCAAUUCCUUUGGUUGGAGGCAUUUGGCUCAUACUAUUUAUGGCACUUUCGACCGCUAUAGUGUAUGGCUAUUACGCAUUGAUACUGAAGAUUGACGAAGAAGAAUAUGGUGGUCAUGGAGCUCUUCUCCAAGAAGGACUAUUUGCAUCAAUGACACUCUUUUUGGACCUUGACUUGUGCGGGAUACUGGGUUGAUGACUCGGACUCGGACUCAGACUCUGACUCAGACUCUUUUUUUAAUGGUAUACACCAAAUUCUUUUUGUUUCUUGCACUGCUUAAAACCAAAAUUUCCUUUGCUUUUGUUACAGCUUGCCUGGAUUCUAGUUUACAGCUUGUUACACUUUUGAUUGGCGCAGUAGCAAGAACUCUUUCGUGAAGCUAAAAAUAGUAGCAAUCAUUAUAUGCUGUGAGAUAAACCGAUGAGUUGUGCGUUGAACUUCCUGAUAAGUCAUAAAUCUCCCGAAAAAAUUAGAUGCUUUCCUUAUUACCAUUGUAUUUCUGUGUUGAACUUCCUGAUAAGUCAUAAAUCUCCCGAAAAAAUUAGAUGCUUUCCUUAUUACCAUUGUAUUUCUUUUAGUUUUGUUCUUUUUCGCAUUUUAUUGUGAAGUACAAACACAACACAUUAGCCUCGGAUUCAUUUGAUAUCAAUUUUUUCACCACUUUAGUUCUACAUGUUCUAAUUAUUGACAAA